GGCACAUAUGACAUGACCAAUCUUCGGCGCAUCUAUCUUCGGUGCAUCUAAUAAAAAGGCCAUCAAGAUUAAACAUAACGCCAACUGGGUUAUCUUUUUCGUCAUUCCAAUGGAGUCAAUCGGUGUUCUGAUGGUGUGUCCCAUGAACACGUACUUGGAACAAGAACUAGAGAAGCGCUUUAACUUGUUCAAGUUCUGGAACUUUCCGGACAAGACCCAGUUCGUGAAGAUGCACAACAACAGCAUCCGUGCAGUUGUCGGGAAUGCCACGGCAGGCGCUGACGCUGAACUGAUUGAAGCUUUGCCGAAGCUAGAGAUCGUGGCGAAUUUCAGUGUGGGGGUUGACAAGGUUGACUUGGGGAAGUGUAAAGAGAAGGGUAUACGAGUCACUAACACUCCUGAUGUGUUGACUGAUGACGUGGCGGAUUUGGCAAUUGGGUUGACAUUGGCUGUGUUGAGGAGAUUGUGCGGGAGUGAUCGGUAUGUCAGGAGUGGCAAGUGGAGGAGAGGAGAUUUUAAGUUGACUACUAAGUUCACUGGAAAGACAGUUGGAAUUAUUGGGUUGGGAAGAAUUGGCAUGGCUAUUGCGAAGAGGGCUGAAGCAUUUAGCUGCCCAAUUAGUUACUACUCCAGAACACAGAAAGCAGAUUUAAAAUACAAAUACUAUCCAAGUGUAGUUGAGUUGGCCUCCAACUGUCAUAUUCUGGUUGUUGCUUGCCCACUAACAGAAGAAACCCGCCAUAUAAUCAAUCGCGAAGUCAUGGAUGCAUUGGGACCAAAGGGUGUUCUAAUCAAUAUUGGGCGAGGUCCUCAUGUGGAUGAACCUGCUCUGGUUUCUGCACUGGUUGAAGGUCGUCUAGGUGGGGCUGGGCUCGAUGUCUUUGAACAUGAGCCUCAUGUGCCUGAGGAGCUGUUUGGUCUUGAAAAUGUAGUCCUUACACCACAUGUUGGAAGUGGCACAGUUGAAACCCGCAAAGAAAUGGCUGACCUUGUACUGGGGAACUUGGAGGCUCACUUUCUGAACAAACCUCUCAUUACUCCUGUGGUUUGAUUUUUUCAUGAAGAUGUGAUUGCUACAAUCUGUCGCUUCUUCUCGCUGUUGCAACACAUUCUAUUUGAAGAUAAUUGUUUCAAGAACUUGCUAAAACAUGUUUUGAACUUUUUUAUGAACGAGAUAAUUUAAUAUCUUAAUCAGCAUGCUUUAAGUAA